GCCAAAAUCAUAUACCGAAAUUAAAUCAAACCAAACGAAAUAAACAAACCAAACUCAGAGAUGAAAGUAGGACCUACAGCUUAAAAAAAUGCUUAGGUGGACAAUUUCAGGAGAGAGCAAAAUUCUCAUAUUAGACUAUGUACAAUGGUGUCAAGAUUCAACAUCUUCCACUUCAUCUUUUAACACUCUAUGUCAUCUUCUCUUUCUUUCACACCAUCAUUUAACACACAUUAAACUUUUAUCCACUAUAAUGAUUUUGUUGAAUAAAAUUCAACAUUCUAUUUUAUUAAUUAAUAAUUAUUUUUUUCUAUAUCCAAAUUAAAUAAAUCCAGUCUCUAUUUAUAUAUAGUGUAAAAUGAUAAAUUAUAGUAUAAGAAAUAAAAAUAAAUUAUUUAAUUUAUAAUAAGAUUAAUUGAUUUUAAAUAAUUAAGAAAAUAUCAAAAUAUCAAAAUAUCAAAAAUCUAUAGAAACUGACAUGUGUCGUCAGUGGCCCAAACUUUCUACUUAUUUAACAUGUUGAAUCUUUUCAACACCAAUUAAUCUACAUCAUCAAAUUUCAUUUUUAUACACCCUCAUUAUAAGAAUUCAACUGUUGAAUCUUUUAUUCAACACCCCCAUUAUACAGUUUUAUAAUAUAGAUUACCUGGUUAACUAAAAUUUGUUUUAUGGGCCCCUUAUUUCGUGGGGGUGGUGCACCCAUUGUCUCUUCCUCUAAGCCGGCCAUGAAUGUCACAUGUCCUAUAUUGCAUUAUUAUUAUAUAUAUUUAGAAACAUAAUUUAUUGAUAUUAAAGAACUUUUGAUAUUUCUAAAGAUACAACUCUGACCCGAUACUUUUUGACAACAAGUAAAAGUUAUUAGUCAAACUCAUAUCCAUAAAUAUAUUUACCAAGUAUUUGAAUAUUUUCACAUUUAUAGACUUUUUACAUAUAAUAUUUACAAGUUAAGAAAAACACACUAGUUCAAACCAAAAUAAAUAAAGAUCAAAGUUCUCACCAAGUGUUUGGAAAAAUUGUUGAUGGCUGGUGAUCAAAUCAUGCAUGCACAACAUGAAGUUUUAGCUAUUGAUGAAACCAAUAACUAUUUGAACGGUAAAUUAUGGAAGUUAUGUGCUGGACCUCUGUUUGAUACUCCAGAAAUUGGAGAGAAACUAGUUGCCUCUAUGAACGACGAACUUUGUCAACUAAAAGCAAUUUUUGAUAUUCCUUCAAAAAUUUGUUGUAAUGUAUUUAGUAUCAACCUUAAGGUAGAGACCAAUACUAAUGAAACCUAUGCAGAAGUUUCUUUGUUGCAUGAUAUAUCUGAUGUUGAAAUCCCUACUCCUAAAAACGAAAACAACAUACAAAACAUUAACUAUUUCACCAAGGUGUUAAGUGCUUCUGAUACCCACACAAAUGGUGGUUUUGUUUUGUAUAAAAGACAUGCCAUUGAAUGUCUUCCCCUGUUGGUAAUUACCCUGGCUACCCCAAGUCAAGAGAUAAUUGCUAAAGAUAUUCAUGGUCAUGAAUGGAGUUUUAAACACACUUUAAGAGGAGAGAAUGGGGUAUCGCGAGUUGGUAUCAGUAAAGCAGCUCAUCAGCAACACAACAUACCAACAUCUUUAAUUUCAAAACAGAGUAUGCACCACAGUGUGGUUGCUACUGCACUGAAUGAUAUUAGAAACAAAUGUAUGUUCGUUGUGUUCUAUAAGACAAGGUCGAGCCAAUUCUUUGUCAACUUCGAUAAAUUUGUAGAUAGAGUGAAAAAUAAGUUUAGUAUAGGCUCCAAAUUUUCGAUGAAGUUCGAAGGAAAAGAUCUAAAUGAAAUAAGAUACAAUGGAACAGUAGUGGGAGUGAGAGAUUUCUCCACUCAUUGGAAGGAUUCAGAAUGGCGAAGUCUAGAGGUGCAAUGGGAUGAAGCUGCAACAAUUCCAAGACCUGAUAAGGUAUCUCCAUGGGAGAUUGAGCUGUUAACACAUUCAUCAAACAUUUCCAAGUCAGAUGAUCUAAAACAUAAAAGUCAAAUCGAAGUACAUGAGUUUGGUUCAAAAAUGUGGGCUCCUACCUUGUCCCAAGGCCAAGAAUUUAGACAGUCAAGCAUACAAUCUUCCAUGAGAUUAUCAUUCCCUACCAUCUACAAUGAGCAAAUGGUUCAAGCAAUGAAAGAAACGCCAACCACAACCGCAACUACUUGCUGCAGACUGUUUGGAGUUGAUCUAAUGGUUCCCGCUAUAACAAAGGAUCCAGUGGAACCUAUUGACUCAUACAAAUUUUUUAAGAUUUCUAAAAUCUUUGAAGACGAAAGGGUUGACCAUGUCCAAGCUAAAAGUCGUACUAAGGUUCAAAUGGAAGGUGUCAUAGAAAGGACUGUAGAUUUAACUAUAUUUGAUGGAUACAAUCAGUUGAUCGAUGAACUAGAAAGACUCUUUGAUAUCAAAGGCGAGUUGCAUAUGCACAAUCAAUGGAAAAUGUUUUUCAUAUAUGAUGAUGGAGAUAUGAUGAUUCUUGGAGACGAUCCCUGGCCCAAAUUUUGCAAUAUGGCUAAGUAA